AUGGCUGCAAAGAUGCAGUUGGGCGUAGCACCGACACUUGGAAUGCCAUGGAACAAAAGGGAAGAUACCUUGGGUGUGCAAUUGACCCAUGAAGAGAACAGCGCAACAACAAAACGGGAAAUCCUCAGACAUUUGGCUAAAGUUUAUGACCCCCUGGGCCUUGCUUCACCAUUGACAUUGCUAGGGAAGAUCAUCUAUCGAGACAUUUGUGAUGCAAAGCUCCCAUGGGAUGCUGAACUUGACGGCGUGCUGAAGUCACGAUGGUUGUCAUGGAAACGGAUGCUUCCUGAUAUGAUAACAGUCCCUAGACCAAUCGCUCGACAUCAGGAGCCAAUUACAGAUAUCCAACUUCAUGGAUUCGGCGACGCUAGCAAUCAAGGAGUCAGUGCUGUUGUAUACACGCUCGCCAAACAAGACUCCAGAGACACCCAAACGUUAGUGGCUGCAAAGUCUCGCCUGGCGAAACGUGGACUUACCAUACCUCGGCUAGAAUUGGUCGCUGGUCAUAUGACAGCAAACCUGGUUAGCAACGUGGUGAAGGCGAUCGGUGAAGAAAGAGUGUCACAACAACAUGCAUGGCUUGACAGUACAGUCGCUCUGUAUUGGAUACGAGGCAUGGGGGAGUACCGACAGUUUGUGGCUAAUCGUGUCAUAAAAAUUCAAGCUCACUCCAACAUCGAAUGGCAUCACGUUCCUACUUCAGAGAACCCUGCUGACAUAUGUAGCAGAGGAGGGCAGCCGACAGAGAAAUGGCUAAAUGGUCCAACGUGGCUUGGUAAUGAAAUGAAAUGGCCUGAAAGCCCCCAUUUCCAUGCAUCCUCAGAAUCACAGUCUGGAGCCAAGGUAACUCGAGAAGUGUCAGCAGCCGCGGUGGCUGAGCCUGAGCGAGAUGAUCAUGUAAACUUACUUGAGAAACAUACCUUGACAAAGACCCUGAGAAUCGGUGCGUGGGUCAAGAAAUUUACAUACAAUUGCAAGAAUAAGAGAGACAACCGAAUUGGAGGUCCUCUUCGUUAUGACGAAAUCCUGAAGGAAGAGAAGUGGUGGAUUGCUAAAGUCCAGAAGUUGAUUUCAGAAGAAGAACGAGAAAAGCGUAAAGAUCUUAACCUGCAAACAAAUCAGGACGGACUGUUAGAAUGUCGCGGCAGAAUUGAGGGACACUACUCACUGUACCUCCCUGAUGCUGCACUGUUUUCAACGAAGCUGGUCGAGCGGGAACACAGAGCAACCUUGCAUGGUGGAAUUUCGCUUACAAUGACUAGGAUAAGACAGCGUUACUGGAUUCCUAAAUUGCGCAGCCUCGUGAAACGGGUUCGAAGCAAUUGUUGGGGAUGCAAGCGAAGUCAAGCAAAACCAUUGGGAGACCCUUCAUCUGGUCCACUUCCAAGCAGCAGGACAACGGGGAACACACCAUAUUCCGUGAUCGGUGUGGACUUUGCGGGUCCUAUUCUUUACCGUGCAAGCAAGAAAAUUGAAAGGAAAGCUUACUUAGUGGUUUUCGCGUGCAGCCUCACACGAGGAGUACACCUGGAACUGUUAAAGAGCCUUGAAACUGAAGAGUUUCUACAAAGUUUUAAACGCUUUAUUGCCCGACGAGGAAGACCUUCAGUCGUGUAUUCCGACAACGGAGCCACCUUUAAAGCGGCAGUAACAUGGCUAAGGAAAGUUUGGAAAGAAGAGAAAUUCCACGAAUUAAGCUCUUUGCAAGCUUGA